AUGAUCAAACCAAGACGUCCGACAUUCACAUCGGCAGAACUCGAAUUACAACUACAGCAAAUCACCCUUGACCCUGCAUCGGGUGCAGCCGAAAACUUUGAAGCUCUCGCUCCUCUCAUAAAAUCUAUACAGGAAACAGACAGUGAACAAAUAUACCUCCGCGCGUUGGACAAGUUUGUCGAGGAGAAAGAACGGGAGAUCGAGAAGAUAUGCGAGGAGAACUACGAGGAAUUUGUUGGGUCCGUAUCGACACUUUUGACUAUACGUCAAGGGACAGGUAACCUCAGAAGGAGGAUCGGUGAGCUAGACGGACAGAUGGGAGAUGUAGGACGUGCACUGGGGGAGAAGAAAAGAGCACUGCUGGAGCAGAAACAGGUAGCAAGGAAUAUGGACGAUGCCAUCGAUACUCUACAAACUUGCCUCAGAUUGCUAGAUUUGGUGCAUCGACUUGGGGAGAUGAUCCGUGAAGGGAAAUAUUGGGGUGCUCUCAGGUCUCUGGAAGAUCUGAAUCAUCUAACUCCACCAUCCAUCUCCGACACUCCCUUCUACGCGCACAUACUUUCUUCUUUGCCGUCACUUCGUCUGUCGAUCAAGGACGCAGUGACGGCUUCUGCCAAAACGUGGCUUUUCGAGGUUCGUGAGAGCGGAGCCAAGGUUGGGCGUUUGGCCUUAGAUCAAAUGUCAGCUCGGAUCAAGAAGUGGAGAGCGAAGCGAGAGAAGGAAGGUGGUGUCAAGUUGGCAAGGGUUGGCGGGGCGCUCGAGCUGGUUCAUGACGAGCGGAUCGAAUUCGAUGCUCUGGAUAAUGACGAAAUACAUAUCGAUUUCAAACCCUUGUAUCAGUGUAUACAUAUUUACGAAGCUCUAGAUUGCAAGCCAGAAUUGCAGAGAAGUUAUCAAGACGAUCGUAAGACGCAAGCUACUCUUAUUUUGACCUCUCGACUCUCUACCACCCCCGAGACCCUCACCAACACCCUCCCUCUCCUUAUGCAAGAACUCGUCGGAUUCUUCAUCAUAGAGAAUCACGUUCUGCGAGCGGUACCGGAAUUCCGUUCUCAACGCGAUGUGGACGAGUUGUGGGAUGAAAUGUGUCGUCGCAUCGUCGAUGUCAUGGGCCAGGGGCUAAAAGGAUGCGCGAAGCCAGAAAUAUUCUUGGACAGCAAGACAAAUGUUCUCUUAUUCGUUCAGACACUCGAGGGUUACAGCUACAAUGUGACCGAGCUGAAUGGCGUCCUCAUUACGCUGUUUGAACGGUACUCCGAUUUGUUGGUUCGACGGUUCAGUGCCGAUUUUGACCAGAUCGUUACCGAUGACGAUAACCAGCCGAUGAUGGUCAAUGACCAGGAAGAGUUUGAACAAGUCGCGGGUGUUUGCUGGCUGGCAACCGGGGAGAAAGAGUCAUUAGCCAUGCAAAAUUUCCCUCAAGCUAUGCCAUUUUCACAAACCUUCCCUAUGUGCUGCAUCAACAUCCGAAAUUUCGUCGACCAAUUCUACAAUUUUACCGAUGGUGUCACUCAGAAUCAUCUGGACAUUGAUGAGGUUCUUCGCAAAUCACUGGAUGACCUUCUUACUAUGAAUGUCGCGAAACAAGUUUCUGAUCGCCUGAAAACCAUGAGCAACCUAUCGCAGAUCGCACAGGUCGUCAUCAAUCUGGAGCACUUCACCACAGCAUGUGAAGAACUGGAAUCUCUGCUCAUGGGCUUGAGAGCUUCACAACGUGGAGGACCUAUCAAACUCGCCUCAUGUAAAUCCUUUGCCGAAGCACUCGCUGCUGCCGAAAGUCGCAUCGAUCAAGUGAUUGGCUCCAAACUAGAAUCUUUCUUCGAAUUGGCAGAAUACAACUGGACUCCGGCUCGACCACAAAGCACCGCCACUGAACCGAGUACCUAUGUUUUCGAGAUGAUCACUUUCCUCACCGCUUAUGUAGACUCGGUUUUGAUAGGGUUGAAUGAAGGAAUAAAGACAAGGGCGUAUAUGAGCGCUUUGGCGAGAAUCAAUAAAUGGCUUAUGGACAUGCUAUGUGGUAAAGAUAUCCCAAGAUAUAACGAAGCCGCACUGUCAUCUGUCUUGGCAGAUGUGACUUUCAUCGAAGCUGAGAUCCGUCGGCUAGACAAACCGGAUCUUCAUCAUGUCUUUGAUGAAGUCAAACUUACGAUCAACAUUGUACUGUCCGAGGCUAUACAAGGAUAUCUCGAACCUUCUAUACGACAGAUGUCAUACUCGGCCGUCCAGCCAAGUAAACUGGUGAUUAUUCUGACGAAAUUGAGCCGAGCCGCCCAUUUGGCUGGUGGACCUGCCAAUUUGGGCAGAGCGGAGAGAAGGAGACACGAAGCGGAUGAGGUAGCGAGGUUGGUAAAUCAGAGAAUAUAA